AUGAAUGCCAGUCACAAUGCCUCGCCGUUGAAAGAGCUUCACAGCGACCUCGCCUGGAAGUACAAGGCUCACGCCUCCAAAAUCGAGACUAUAUGGCGCUCUUUCAGCAAAGGCCAACGGGCGCAAUGUCUCAAGGCUGGCGCCGCAGAUGGAGCAGUGCUUAAGCACUCCCAAGACACAUCUCUGGGGAAUGUCUAUAAAAUUGUUGCAGAGCUGAAUUUGCAGGACAUCACAACAGAACCCGAAUUUCUACUAGGUCACCUCAAGCAUCGUGCCACAACGUCUCUUUUCCAACAGUACUGCGAUGGCGCCCUCGGCACCCCAGGUGACCGAAACUUUAUUCUAGAGAUGAUGACGAAGAAGAACCUUCGCCACGUCGACUCGUUUAAAAAUAGCUACACAUUCUUCAUGGACGAGCGAUAUGGAGAUUCAUUCAAAAUUGUGUCCAACCGCGAAGAAACACUGGCUGCUUUUGGGCCGGCAAUUCGGGCUGGCCUCUGUGUUCCUCAGUCGACGGGGGAACUCAUUCUACAGAGACAACUCGUGCUUUUCCAGACUCUCAAUAUCCUGAUUGAGGAUAUUCUCGACCUAGGCUCUGAAACGAGGUCGAAAAAUGAGCGGUCCAAAAAAUCUGAACAAGCGGCAUCAGCCGCUCUUUCGAAGCUGACGAUCCAAGAGCGGCCGAAGAAACUUUCACUCCCGGAUUUGAUCUCGAGUGCUCAAGAUCAGAAAAACAGUCUUGAAGAAUUCCUAAGUCUCCUCUCCGCUGAGCCAGUUGUGCUUGCUCAUGCCGUCAAUAUUCGGUUCUUCAGCCGGCCUGAACUUGUCAUAGACGGUAAGGGUCGUCACCUGCCCGUCUUGUCCGAUAAACACAUCAGUGGCGCACUCUUUGAAGCAAUUCACAGCUCAAUCAAAGGGGCCAGUGUGUGGAAUUACAUAUGUCACCUUCUUGAUCUCUUGAAAGAUGCAGCCGCUGAUAAAGUCUACCGACCAAUUAUCCUUCAAGAAGUUUCGAAUAUCUGCCAUUUGGAGUACAGCCGUGCCCAAGCUCAGUUUAUCAGGCAUGUGCAGACGGGCAUAGGCGCGAAAUAUUUCAAGCGCGUCGCCAAUUCUUACGACAGUGCGGGUAACGCAAAGGUCAAUAUGAAGAUUCAGCCCGAAGAGCUGACCAGAGUUGACCCUCAACUGCACUAUGUUUUGCGCUUGUGUCAAUCCCAGACCAAUUCCAGUAAAGCAGUUGAGUGGAUCAAGAAGCUGAGCGACCUGUAUGAGUCUCACCCCAUUGAUCGGGAAACUUUACAGGAAAGAGAGAUUGGUGCGUUGGGAGAUUUGAUUGUAAUCACCGCAUUUAUGCAAGAUUUAUCGCCAGUCAUCUCGAUGCCUGCCCUCUCUCGCAAAAAGGGCCAAAUGUUCGUAUCACGGUCUCAAGAGUUGGAUGUCGAAUUGAACAAGCUCCGAGACGAAAUAGACUUACGAGAAUUUGCUGUACCGAUUGAUAACCUCCUAGAGGCUGGAAUGACGAAUGGAGCUCUGACCAAGCUUGACCAGUUUGUGGUCAGCAAGACUGGUUCGAAGAUGGGAUUCCUAUACCAAGAUCUUAUGGAGGAUUGCUUAGCGGAUCUUGAAAACCAGUAUCGGGCGACAAAAGCAACAUUAGAAAAGACGCAGUUCAUCCCGCUUCCUACGACAACUCCUCCUCAGUCCGUAGAUGAAAAAGUGGAACUGAGAAAGGUCAAGGAAAAGACCCGUCCCUCUCAGUCAACGAUAUUUGAGAUUAUACAGACUCCAGAGGCGCCCAAGGAAGAACCUGCCCUGUCGGCACAAGUAUUCAAAGUCAGCCAGCCGGCAAGCCAGGUAUUCUCCACGCUCUUCAAGAAGUCUGAAGCACGAGGCUCGAUCAGCUGGGUCGCCUUCGAAAGUGCCAUGGCUGAGCUAGGAUUUUCUGUCAUGCCAAAGUAUGGCUCCGUCUACACAUUUUCGCCGCCUGAUGGCAUGAAAGAGAACAAGUCUUUUACAGUGCAUCGGCCUCACAAGUCUCGGAUAGAAGGAUAUCUGAUCCCGAUAUUUGCGCGCCGGUUAAAGAGGACAUAUGGAUGGAAUGAAGGCACGUUUAAAGCUACAUGA